AGCAACCCGUGACAGUGACAGGAGAUGUUCUUGCUCUAAAAAUGAUAUGGAGCCCUGAGGGUUGGAACGUCCCAGAGAGAAAGAUGCUGCCAAACCUGCUGAGCCUCUUCAGCCCGCCCUCUCUUCCCCUCAGGCACCGCCUCCCCCCGCCAAAAAAGACUUAGCGUCAGGCAAUUAAAGGGGCGGGAACAGCCAGAGAGAGAGAGAGAGAGAGAGAAAGAAAUAAAUCCGCCGUCAGAAAAAAAACAAUCCAGCAGAGAUCACCAGCGGCGUUAAGAUGGCGGCUGGAGGUGUUAGAAUCCGGUGCGUUUUAACCCUGCUGCAGCUUCUGCUGGCCUGCGGCGCGGCCCGGCGGCCCUUCUUCACCUCGCAGACGCUGCACUUGGCCGGGGCUGGCGACCCUCAGGAGCGGGGCUUCUUCACGGUGGCGGCCGGCUCCAGGCAUCGAGGUCCGGGCACGGCGCUGCCGCCGGAUCGCGACCACAUUCGGAGCAACCUGAGGGGGCAGAACCAUCGCCACCGGUGGCGCAGGAGCAUAGACGGAAAGGAGCAACUGCAGGUCUUCGGACAGGUGAACCUCAAUGAUUCGCACAAUCAAAUGGUUGUUCACUGGGCUGGAGAAAAGAGCAAUGUGAUAGUGGCACUUGCCCGGGACAGUCCAAUUUUGCAGGGACCUCACACCAGUUCUGUGUAUGUUUCAUAUAAUUAUGGAAAGACCUUCAAGAAAAUCAAUGAGAAGUUCAAGCUAGAAGAUGAAUCAAAAAGCCAAACAGUUAUUGCUCAGUUUUACCAUAGUCCAGCAGAUAAUAAACGGUACAUGUUUGCAGAUAUCAAAAAUCACUACUUGUGGAUCACUUUCAACUUUUGUAAUGAUAUUCAAGGCUUCCAAAUUCCAUUCAGUCCUACUGAUCUUCUUAUGCAUAGUCGGGAUUUGAAUCUUGUGCUGGGAUAUGACAGUUCUCAUCCAAACAAACAGCUUUGGAAAUCGGAUGACUUUGGACGAACUUGGAUUUUGAUUCAAGAGCAUGUCAAAUCUUUCUACUGGGGUGUGGAACCAUAUGACUUGCCUACUACAGUUUAUGUUGAACGACAUGAGCCAAUGGGUUCCUCCAGUGUCAUUAAAAGCAUAGACUUCUUUCAGACUGAUGAAAAACGUGAGAUCCUGUUGGAAGGAGUUGAUGACUUUCAGUUACAAGACAAAUACAUGUUUGCCACAAAGAAGGUGCAUCUCCUAGGGAGCAGUGACCCAGUGACAGUACAGUUAUGGGUCUCAUACAAUCGGAAACCCAUGAAACGAGCACACUUCCUCACAAGAUAUCAUAUAGAGGAGUAUUAUGUGGCUGAUGCAUCGGAAGAUCAGGUGUUUGUUUGUGUCAAUGUCAACAGUAAUGUGACCAAUCUCUAUAUCUCUGAAGCAGAGGGCCUGAAAUUUUCCCUUUCUCUGGCAAAUGUACUGUAUUACAGUCCAGAAGGUGCCGGAAGUACAACUCUCGUGAGAUACUUUGCAAAUGAGCCAUUUGCAGAUAUUCAUCGUGUAGAAGGACUACGGGGCGUCUACAUUGCCACCCAGAUGAACGGGUCUUACACUGAGGAGAACAUGAGAUCAGUGAUAACUUUUGAUAAAGGUGGAACCUGGGAACUGUUGCAGGCACCAGCCUUUGGUAGUGAUGGUGUUAAAAUCAACUGUGAGUUAAACCAAGGAUGUUCACUCCAUCUGGCACAGCGUUACAGUCAAUUGCUGAACUUCCAGCUUCGCAGAAUGCCCAUUCUUUCCAAAGAGUCAGCACCAGGCCUGAUUAUUGCUACAGGUUCCAUUGGGAAGAACUUGGCAAACAAACCAAAUGUUUAUGUCUCAAGUAGUGCUGGAGCUCGAUGGCGUGAGGCCCUUGAAGGUCCCCACUAUUAUUCUUGGGCUGACCAUGGAGGAAUCCUGUUAGCAAUUCCUCAGGGCUCCCCUACCACUCAACUGAAGUACAGUACCAAUGAGGGAGAGACAUGGAAGAUUUUUAACUUCACUGAAAAGACUGUUGUGGUAUAUGGAUUACUUACUGAGCCUGGAGAGAAAAGCACUGUCUUCACAAUAUUUGGCUCAUACGCCCAACAGUCCCAUAGUUGGCUAAUACUGCAGAUCAAUACAACAUUAGCAUUGGGAGUACCUUGUUCUGAGACGGAUUACAAACUGUGGUCUCCCUCUGACGAGCAUGGGAAUGAAUGUUUGCUUGGUCGGAAAGUUGUGUACAAGCGAAGAACUCCACAUGCCACCUGUUUUAAUGGUGAAGACUUUGACAGACCAAUUACAGUUAACAACUGCUCCUGUACAAGGGAAGACUAUGAAUGUGACUUUGGCUUCAAGCUGAGUGAGGACUUGUCGUCGGAGGUCUGCACCCCUGAUCCAGAAUUCACGGGCAGUGUGUACGCUCCCCCUGUCCUCUGCCCUGCUGGCUCCACGUACAAGCGAACAAAAGGUUACCGAAAAAUUUCAGGUGAUACCUGUAGUGGAGGUGAUGUUGAGGCUCGUUUAGAGGGUGAAGUGCUGCCCUGUCCUGUGGGAGAGGAAAAUGAGUUCCUACUUUAUGCUCUCAGGAGCUCUAUUCAUCGCUAUGAUCUUUCCAAGGGCACAGAUGAGGUACUGCCACUUCAGGGUCUACGAGGCACUGUAUCUUUGGAUUUUGAUUAUGAAAACAACUGCAUUUAUUGGGCAGAUAUUUCACAGGAUAUUAUCCAGCGCUUGUGCUUAAAUGGAAACACUACCCAGGAUAUAAUAAUCAAAGAUGGUCUACAAACUGUGGAAGCAUUGGCCUUUGAUCCCAUCAGCCAGCUUCUUUACUGGAUAGAUGCCGGAGCCAAGAAACUCGAGGUUUCAAACCCUGAUGGAGACCUUCGUCUUACUCUGCUGAAUUCCACUGUAUUAGACCAUCCGCGGGCACUUGUGCUAGUUUCUAAUGAAGGCCUGAUGUUUUGGACAGAUUGGGGUGAUGAUGCACCAGGCAUUUACAGAAGUGGGAUGGAUGCAUCUAAUGUCACUCGAAUCAUCACUACCAGCAUUAAAUGGCCUAAUGGAAUUACAGUGGAUGGUUCUUGGAUCUACUGGACUGAAGCCUAUGUUGACCGAAUUGAACGAGCCGAUUUCAAUGGUCAUCAGAGAUCUGUAGUGAUACAGAACCUUCCCCAUCCGUAUGCCAUUAGUGUUUUCAAGAAUCAGAUCUACUGGGAUGAUUGGUCUGAAAUGAGCAUCUUCAGAGCAAAUAAGUAUGAUGGCUCGGAUGUGGAGCCCCUGGUUACUGGCUUAACUGGAGUCAUGGAUAUGAAGGUUUUCUACAAAGACAGGACAACAGGGGAGAAUGCAUGUACAGAGAAGACUUGCAGCUUGAUCUGUCUUCCCAAACCCUUUGGUAAGAGAUGUGUGUGCCCUGAGGGAGUGAAGAGCACAAUUUUACCAUCUGGAGAUGUUCAUUGUGAGUGCCCCCAUGGUUACUCAUUAAGAAAUAACAUCUGUGUGAGACAAGAACAUACUUGUCUGCCUAACCAGUACAGGUGCUCCAAUGGCAAAUGUAUCAGCAGCAUUUGGAAAUGUGAUAAUGAUAAUGACUGUGGUGACUAUAGUGACGAAAGAAAUUGUCCAACGGCUGCUUGUGAUCCUGACUCUCAGUUUAAAUGUCGGUCAUCUGGGAUGUGCAUUCCACUUUCAUACAGAUGUGAUCGUGAAGAUGACUGUGGGGAUGAUAGCGAUGAGGAACAGUGCUCUGUGAACAACUGUAAGAGUGGUGAGUUUGUUUGUGCCACUGGCAUGUGUAUACGCUUGUCUUGGAGAUGUGAUGGGGACAAUGACUGCCGAGAUUGGUCAGAUGAACUGAACUGUACCUCAAGUAAACACACCUGUGACUCCAGCAACUUUUCAUGCCGCAAUGGACACUGUAUCCCACGUAGGUGGAUUUGUGAUGGGGAUGAUGAUUGCCGUGAUGGAUCUGAUGAAGAUUUAACUCUCUGUGGAGAGACGCCCUGUAAUGGAUUUAGCUGUGAUAAUGGUAGCUGUAUUGCGAUGAUCAAGCGUUGCAAUGGUGUACCAGACUGUUUAGAUAGAUCAGAUGAGCAAAACUGCAAUCCAUUGUGUUCUCAGUAUAUGGAUUUUGUCUGCAAGGAUAGUCGUGGAUGCCUACACAGCUUCAUGGUGUGUGAUGGAACCCCACAAUGCGAAGAUGGUUCAGAUGAAGAUCCAAACUACGCUCACUGUUCCCAGACAGGAGAGUUCAAUAGAACUUGUGAACCCUUCAGUUUCAGAUGCUUGAAUGGGAUGUGCAUUAGCAUGGAAUGGAAGUGUGAUGGGGUCGAUGAUUGUGGAGACUACUCUGAUGAAGCAAAUUGCCAAAAUCCUACUGAAGCACCUUCUUGCUCAAGAUAUUUUCAUUUUACCUGUCGGAAUGGAAAUUGUGUUCCAACAUGGUGGAAGUGUGAUCGUGAGAAUGACUGUGGAGACUGGUCUGAUGAAGAUGACUGUCCUGGUUGGAAUCCUGUUCAACAUACGACUGAGGCUCCUUUGAGUUGUGGUCCCAACCACUUCCGAUGUAAUGUUGGAGGAUGUAUUAUAAACAGUUGGGUGUGUGAUAGAUAUGAAGACUGCACGGAUGGUUCUGAUGAGGAAGGUUGUCCCACUUUUCCAGCAAGCGUAACAACCACUUCCACCACUACUGUACAUCCAGCUGGAAAGUGUAGCUCUUCAGAAUUCCGUUGUGUUCGAGGCCAUAACUGUAUCCCCAACUGGAAGCGAUGUGACAGCCACAGGGACUGCCGUGAUGGCUCGGAUGAAGUCAACUGUCCUACCCAUGUUCCAUUACGGUGUUUGAAUGAAACGGUUUGUGAGGAUGGAGAGACUUGCAUAAGCCAACUGGAACGCUGUGAUGGAUUUCUGGACUGCUCUGAUAACAGUGAUGAGAAGAACUGCUCAGCUGAUAAUGUAUCAUACAAAGUUCAAAAUUUACACUGGGCAGUUGAUUUUCGUGGUGCAAUUUCUUUAAUGUGGGAGAGCCCAAAGAAUUUGCCACCAUCGUGUACCUAUGUUGUACUGUACAGUUUGGUUGGUGAUGACUGGAAGAGCUUAGAUGCUGGUGACAAAACUACAGUUGUUUUAACUGUUAUGAAACCUGACACAACCUAUCAACUGAAAGUACAAGUGCACUGCCUUCUUAAGACCUACAGCCCAACUGAUAGUAUUAUAUUGCGUACACCAGAGGGCUUACCUGAUCCACCACAACAUCUCCAGCUGUCUUAUAGCGAAAUGUAUGAUGGUACUAUAUUCUGCCAGUGGAGUCGCCCUAUCAAUGCACAUGGCCUGAUUCGGGAGUAUAUUGUGUCAUACAGCAGGCAUGGAUCGAAUGUAUGGACUUCCCUGGAAUCCACUGAAAACCACAUAAACAUUAGAAAUUUGGAGAUGGACGUUAUGUAUGUAGUCAGGGUUGCAGCUGUUACAAGUUAUGGGAUUGGCAAGUGGAGUGAAUACAAAACUAUUAUGACAAAGAAAGGUCAAGCAAUUCCAGUGCCAACAGUUACAGUCACAAGUAUAAAGGAAGAUUCUAUUGACUUGAAAUUACAGAUGGAUGCCAAUAUUAAGGUGGCAAGCUAUGCAGUUGAUGUGUCAUGGAUAUUUGAUACUCAUAUAAAAGAGAAGUGGUCAUGGGUUGUUGAUACAGUUCAAAAAGUUGAUGGGCCAGUUACCUUACCUAUUUCCAAUUUAACUGCUGGUACAAAUUAUGAGAUUUCCACUUGGGCUAAAACUGAUGCUGGUGAUAGCCCGAUCUCUUUUGUACGUAUUAAAACGAAAGGAACCAGUCCAGCUCCUCCGAAACUUAAUGCAGUUCCAGUCAAUCAGACUGCUGUGGAGUGCACUUGGAAUGGCCCAAAGAAUGUGGUUUAUGGAGUUUUCUUUGCUACGUCAUUCUUGGAGUUGUACCGAAAUCCAAAAAAUGUCACAUCAAGCAUUAAUAACCUAACGGUGACUGUGAGCAGUGAUGAGCAGUAUCUGUUUUUGGUUCGUGUUGUCAUCCCAUAUUUUGGACCACCCUCUGAAUACAUUGUUGUUAAAAUGAUUCCUGAUAACCGACUGCCACCUCGCCACUUGCAUGUCGUGAAAGAGGACAAGACAUUUGCCGUACUGAAGUGGCAACCUCCAUAUGACCUGCUGACUGAACGUUUAACCUAUGCAGUUUUUGUGAAAGAUACUAUCCGUAAAAGUGAGAAGAAUUACAAAGUGAGCUCAAUGAACAACACGGUAGAAUAUAUAGUGAAGCAACUGGAACCAGGUGGAAAAUACAGUGUUGUCAUCAGACUGCUUAACAUGAGCAAGGAAGCAAGUGUCCCUUUAAACCCAGUUCCUCUGUCAGCACCAGAGUCACUGAAAAUCUUACCAGAGAAAGACCACAUCCUGCUGUUCUGGAAAAGCCUCAAAUUAAAAGAAAAGAACUUUAAAGACAGCAGGGGAUAUGAAAUCCACAUGUUUGAUCAUGCGACUAAUACAACGGUAUGCCUUGGGAAUACAACAGAUAACAUCUUCGAGAUUUCUGAUCUGAAGCCUGGCCACAACUAUACAUUCACAGUGCAAGCCAGAUGCUUGUACAAUGGACAGAUUUGUGGUGAACCUGCUUCCCUGCUGUACGAUGAACUUGGAAACGAUCCUUCAGCUUCCAAAAAUCCCAAAUCCACAGAUGUAGCAGCCAUUGUGGUACCAGUAAUGUUCCUGCUUCUGGUGAUGUUAGGUGUUGGAUUUAUUGUGUUAUAUGUUCGUCAUCGAAGGCUCCAGAACAGUUUCACAGCUUUUGCCAAUAGUCACUAUAAUUCUCGACUAGGAUCGGCUGUGUUUUCUUCAGGUGAUGAGCUAGGCGAUGAUGAAGAUGCACCAUUGAUUAACGGUUUUUCAGAUGAUGUGCCGAUGGUACUUGCAUGAAGACCUUGCCACGUACAAGCAGUGCAAGAUUUCUUUGAAGAAGUUUCAGGAGCAGAAAAAAAAACCCUUUUUAAAAAAUGCACUUUUCUGAGUUGCAAUACAUUAUUUUUAUAUGGACCAAAAUUUAAAAUUUAUUGCAGUAAGCUGUAAUACUUAGGUAAGAAUGCAAGAUAAAUAGUGCAGUCCUGGUCCCUGACUGUAGGCUUUUGCACAGCUGUGCUUGUGUUGUUCGCCUUCAGGCACCGUUUAAUUUUCAGGUUAUUUGUUUGGUGGAUGUUACAGCUGCAGAUUCUCUUUCUGAUGGUCUGUAGAUGCCAUUGCAUACACAAAAAGGUUAGGUUUCAAUAUCAAAUCUGAUUUUCCAAGACAUCAAUAUUGAUUUAAAUCACUUUUUAAAAACUAUAGCAUCAUUAAUGAAAUAAAAUAAAGUCACACAACUGAUGUUAACAAUUAUACAGUUAUUACAAUGAUUGAAUUUGCUCAAUGAUUUUAAUUUAAAAUUAAAAAUAGUUUUUAAGUACCAAAAGGGAAAAUCUGAUCCAUUAUGCAAUAGAACCUUCUAUGGAAAUUGAGUAGUUCAGUGGGGCAGUGCAUUUAAUAUUUUCACUAUUUCUUUGUUUGAACUUGAUACUCUGUCAAUAUUUUCACAUCAAAUUGAUCAAAUAAUCUAUAUAAAAAGAGAGGGUGUUUGGCAAAUUGCAGAAUAGUUUCCAACAACACAAAGGUUGCAAAUACAGUCUGCUAUAAUAUUAAAUUUACAUUGCUUGCAGUUUGAAGUCCUGUGGUGUCUACUGUUAAAUCAUGAUAAUUUUAAUAUAGUUAAUGCAUAUCCUAACAAAACUCAGUUUCACAAAAACAUCUUGGGUUGCUGACUUGAUUGUAUGCCAGAUUCAAUCCUAAAAUGAUUCUGUACAGAAGAAAUCAUUGAACAUGGGGCUGCACUUUGAAAGGGCCAUCCAAUUAAUCCUGAAGUCCAUUAAUUUUUUUUUUCUACUUUUGACAGUUUAACCAAUGCCUUUUUGAAAGUUAUUGCUGAAUCUAUUUCUGUCAGCAUGUACCAGAUCAUUGUAACUCGCCAUUUUUUUAAAAAGGAAAUAAGAUUUUCUGUAUCUUUCUACUGACUCUUUUGCCAAUGUCAUGACAGUGUCACUAAUGAAAGUGCACUGAUUCUUGAGCCCCGCUACUCAUGAGGUUGUCACAGAAGUUAAAGAUUUAAUUAGAGUACUCAAAUUCCCAAUUUGCCUGUCUGAUGGAAUCAGGUUAACAGAAAACUCUGACCAGGCUUCUGUACUAAACAAGAAACUGCUAUUUAUUACAAAGAAACUGGUUCUAACCACAAUUAAGCAAAACAUACUUUUUUUUUUUAACAUACUUUGUUAACAUACAACUCUGCUAGCUGAAAUUAUAACUCCUUAAACUCACAUACAGUCAGACACAAAUAGACAGACAAACAAACAUGAAUCAAGUCUUGUUUCUUCAUUGUGGAACAUUUUAUUUUUCAAGGGAUACCCAAAUUUCUGUUAAAAAGAAAACUGAUGAGUUCAUGUUCUGUAUGUGUUCCUGAUGUCUUCACUCAGACGUCAAAUUCCAUCAUUUAAUGAAAUAAUUUAAUAUUCUUAAAACCUUCAGUUUUUUUAAUCCAACUGCAUGUGUUCUUGAAAACAUUAACCAAAGUAUAUUUUUUUGGAUCUAAUCAUCUUCUAGAAUCUCUCUUCAGCCACAAAACCUGUGUAUAAGCCAGUCUCUUGCACUUUUGAGCUAGACGCGGUUGUCUGAAGAGCUUGCAAUUGCCCGCUAAUUGAUGGCAUUGGAGCAACAGUUCUUUUGGUUGGCUUGAAGCCAGAAUUGGCAGAAAUAAGUCUUUGUGUCCUUUGCAGGAUUUCUUGGUAGCCCAGGAACUUGUGUGUGAGCAGAUAGGUCAAAACAAAUGUGCCAGUCCUGUUUGUCUUACAAUUAACUCCAACUAAUAACUGAAAUAGAACUGUUCAUUAAAAGAUUGUUAUUAUUCUCUUACAGCCAUCAAAGCGCACUCACUCUCAUUCUGUCUGUCUCUAUUUGCGUCCCUACACCUCACCCGCCCCAAAAUUCAAUAUGCUGUCCAAACAAUUUAUGAUUCACAUCAACACCUGGACUAUAACUGUGAAAUUAAAUUGUUUUCAUCCUUUUAACUGGGAUAAGUUCAUGGACCAUCAGUAAGUUGCAUUUGGCAAACUUAUGCUUUUAAAUUCUCAUUUUAGAAAAAUCAAACAAUCUUUGUUACAGUGAGACAUUAUAAAUUCAGUGGUUAUAUUUUUGAAUUGACAUAUAGAUUGAAUUUAGUAGGUUUGGUUUUAAUUGUCUAUAGUUCAUAAUGGAGACUGUAAUGUAAUGAUACAUGAUUAAAUGAUGACUGAAACAAAAUGAUUGAGUUCAUUUUAAGCUUUAGAUUUUAAUUGGUGAGGCAUGAUAAUAGCUUGGCCAUCAGAAACAGAGUGCAGCUUCAGUUUUGAUCCUGCUACAAGGCUGCUGGGAGUUGCCAAUUCUGUGUCAUUUUCUGAUCAUGGUUUCAACAUUAGUAAGAAUGUAAUUAUUUUAUUGUUGCUAAAGGAUGUUUGGAAGGGUACAGUUCCCCAAAUUUUAUACAGAUGCCCAACACGCUGCAAGCUGGUACUAAUUCCCUCCACUGGACCAAAUAUUCCAUGAGUCACACUGCAAAAACAUUCAGAGGGCUGUAGUUUUGUUUUCUCUAGCAUUCAACCCCAGCUAUAAAGGAUGAAGAAGCAUUUAUGCCUUCACUAUAGGCCAAAUGCGAAAUCUGUUAAAGUAUGGUGUCCUGGUUGUUUCUUAAUUACAGUGUGCAUGAUGGUUGCAGUUCUUAAAGCGUUGUUGGUUGGAUCGUCAAGCUUCCCUCUUCUAACAACUAAAUUGCAGUUGGCUUUUUGUCAGACCAAACAAACUAAAUUACAGAAUUUUCCAAUAUAGUCCUUCAUAAUUGUACUUUGUUGAGGGAGGAUUUAGAAUCAUCAUUAUUCCAGGUUUUCGUGGUUCUUCAGUAGUUCUGAGUCAUAUUUUUACUGGAAAAAAACCUGAACUGCCCACAUCAAAUAUAGAUGAUUUCCCUUAUACCCUCUUAACCAUGUAAUGUAAUUCUCCAAAUAUGUUUACAUAAUUUGAAUUGUCAAUGAAAUGUCGAACAACUCUAAUGUCCCUUGUGAAAAAGCAUUUACUGUUCAAUUCUAUUUUGGCAAACCAGCAAAUAAUGUGUCACAAAUAGAGAACUGGCCAGAGAAUUGCAGUUGUUUCUUUUAGCAUGUUUCUUGAUUUCAGAAAGUAGAUUUGGUUUAACUAGUAAUUCAUACUUCUGUCAAUCAGAGCUUUUGUCACUUUGCCUCUUGAGCAUAGCUGUAAACUAUUAAAAAGAACUUACAUAUGACAAGUCUCUUAACUAUAAUUUUGCUCAAAUGAAUGGGUUUGCUUAUAUAAGCAAAUAUCUGAGGACAAAUAUCUCAAAAGAAUUUUGAAAAUUCACCUCCCUUUUCAAAAAUAUCAAAGUAUAUAGUUUGGAUCACACUAACACACAGCCUUGGUCAUUUCCCUACUGUAUGGUAAUGUUGAACUUGAUCACAACUUGUGUGGAAUUUUGCCAAAUGUGCAUUAUGUGAAGGAAAAAAAAAUGUUCUUUUGGUAAUUGUGUUUCUUCUUGAGCUGGCAAGCCAUCGUGUGAUUGCUGACAACCUGCUGUCUUGCAUUAGUUUAGCUUCACUAUGUGGUAGUGUUUAGGUCUGUGUUAUAGUUACUAUCUGAAAUGGAGCCAUUUUUAUUGAUCUAUAAUUUGUUUGCAUUUUAUUUAAGUCACAUGAAUGUACUAUUUUACUGCUGGGUGCAUGGAGGGGAAGUCCAGCAGGGCUGCUUGUUUUAACAUAUGGUACUACUUUUUAAAGUUUUGUGUUUUCAUUUAAUUUUCUUGCCUUAAAACUGGAGUUUUGUUUUAAGAAAAUGCUUAAAAGCCUUUAAUCAUUCUGCCAUAUCUGCCUUACUAAGUAAAACUUAAGUGGUCUGUAAUUUUGUGCAUCAGCCUUCAAUGAUUCCAACGUUUGAAUUGCACAUAUGGAUACACAUGGUCAACUCCAUCAGCCAGCCACCAGAACCUGAGUGGUUUUGGUGUGUCCGUUCUGCUUCAUUUUUGUAAAAAAAAAAAAAAAAAAUUGAUUGCUUCAACUUGUAGAGAAGGAAAAUGCAUAUCAAAUUCCAAAGUUGCAGAUUGUACAAUGCACAAUGUACAACGAUGGGGUGUUUUGUAUAAAUGGAAAAUGUUUUUAAAAAAUGUAAAUUUUGGGAAAUAUUGCUGUGGAUCUAUUUUUAUGUUUGGUAGUGUUUAAUUACAGCACAGUAGACUGUUUGCAUGGGAAUGUGGAGGGUACCUCCUAUAUAAUGACUACACAAGUCUAGUGUCACACAUGAUGUUCUAUGUAAAAAUAAAUGCAACAAAGGAAACCUUGAAUUAAGCAUAGCUGUGCCAGAAAUCAACCAUAUUGAUGGUACUGAAGAAAUCAGGUUCAGAUUUUUCAUUGUUUUUGAUUUUCAGGCUGUUGUGCUGUGAGACUUUGCACUAAUAGAAUGUUGGACAAAUUGUGUAACAAACCUCUGAAUUCUUUAAUCACCAAUUGCUGUACACUUUUGGAAGGGGUGCCAUGUGCUUUAAAUGUGAAUUUUUUUCACUUAAUAAAUCUCACUUGGGUCAAGAA